UUGCUGAGUCCUCACAUCACACAGGCCCCGCUCUGUAGCUGCAGAGAAACAGAUCUCACUAUGCUGCAGGAGGGGAGCAGGGAUUGGGAGGGGGAGCACUGUGCAGGACUUAACAAAAACUAAUGGUAGCAAAGAAGGGAACUGCUACACAGAAGAAGGCAGCAGGGGAAAUGAUCAGUUUGGAGAAAUUAGGACAGGAGGGAGGGAUACUGUCGUGGACAGACCGGCUGGGCCAGUGCAUGCAGCUGAAGCAAGACGAAAGGAGACUUGUUUCCGAAUCCGGACAGAAGAUGCCGUUUUGGGAUGUGUUGUGAAGACAGGGAGGGGUUGUGUCGAUGUGUGUAUGUGACAGUUUAUAGAUCACCAGAGGUAGGAUUUAAAAAUAGUAUAGAUUCUCUGCUAUGCAGAUCUAUGCUGUGAUGUUGCUCUGACCUCUGGAAGGUUUUUUUUUUCUUUCCAGAAACUCAUUGAUUUUCCUGAGAGACUGAAAUGUGACGUAGGCAUGUGGCAUACAGUGGUAAAAUAGUACUCUCUGGCAGUGUUUAGUUUUGGUUGACUCUCUGCUAGCAAUAUGGAUCCCCAGCAGCCUGUGUUUAGCCUAAUGAAGCGGUUCUGUCCUUGUCUCAGCCUGCUGCCGCUGCCAAGUCAAGACUGGAGCAAGAGUGAUGAGAGGCUGCUGCAGGCUGUGGAGCAGAAUGAACCUGACAAAGUCACUGCCCUCAUUGUCAAAAAAGGUCUCUGUCCAACCAAGCUGGACGCUGAGGGCAAGUCGGCAUUCCACCUCUGUGCAUCUCGAGGCAGACUAGAUUGCCUGGAGGUGAUCAUAUCUCAUGGAGCUGACGUCGGUGUCACAGACGGAGCUGGUUUCAGCGCACUUCAUCUUGCAGCCAAAAAUAGUCAGCACGAGUGUUUAAAGCGACUGCUGCAGGAGAGACUGGCGGUAGAUUGCACAGACAGCAUUGGCAGGACACCACUCCAUCAUGCAGCGAUCAGUGGCUGUUUGUCCAGCACUGAGACACUGUGGGACUUUAAAGCCAACCUUGAUGUCCAGGACGAUGACGGAGCCACGCCGCUGCUCCUUGCGGCCCAGAUGAGCAGAGUGGAGCUGUGUGUCUUUCUUUUGGGUCGAGGUGCCAAUGCAAACACGCAGGACAACCAGGGGAGGUCGGCAUUGAUGCUCGCCUGUGAGAGUGAAAGUGUCGAGACUGUAGCGGCUCUACUGAGAGGGGGCGCAAGGACACAACUGGUUGACCAACUUGGCCACAAAGCUGCUGACUAUGCCAUAACUACAGGCAACCAAUGCAUUGUUCGCAUGUUGCAGGAUGGAGUACCCCCAGCUUCUGAGAGCGCAGGCGAGGAGCCCAUUCAAAUCCCCUCAGCCGCUUCAUCAGUGCAAGGGGGGACAACCCCCCGAAAACGGAAAGCUCCUCCACCGCCUCGCUCUCCUCUCCAGAUCCAGGACCUCUCAGGAGGAUCUGAAAAGCCUUCAAGUCCAGCUCUCCCUGCCAAAUCCCCUGAGCCCCAGAAAUCCCAAUCUCCAUCUCCCCAGCCCCCUGGAACUCAGCAGUCAUCUCAGGCAGAGGAUGAGGAAGUGUUUGAGGAGAUCCGACGGCUGCGUCUGGAGAGAGGGCGCCUGCUCCAGAAGAUUAAGGCCUUGGAGCAGCAGCAGCAGAGCGCCCUAUCUGCCCUGGAGGAGCUGUCUCAACUAAAGCAGCAUCUGAAGGAGGCAGAGGCUGAGAGGGACAAGCUGCUGGAGGAGCUGAAGGGGGCUCAUGGGAUUGGGGCCAGUGACUCAGAGGACAUGGAUGAAAUGCUGGACUUCCCUGAGAAGCUGCUCUCCAAGCGCUCUAGAGCGUCCCCUGCCCAGGACGAAGCCUCUUCACAAACGGAUGCAGUCUCACCCGGCCCGUCUCCUGCUCCCGCAGACCCGGGAUCAGUCGCUGAGUUGCAGAAACAAAUAGAGGAACUAAUUUCACAGAACGCCGAACUUGUCCUUAAAGUGCAGAUGCUGGAGAUGUUCGAGAAGGACGACACGGACAUGCAGACGACCAGCUCAGACUCGGUGCCCGUGACUCAGUAUGAGACUUUGAGGAAGGAGUUUGAAGCUCUUCAGGAGCGCUUCUCUCAGGCCCAGGCUUCACUGGAAGCCUACAGCGUUUCUGACGAGCAAAGCAAAGGCAGCUCUCAGAAUGGAGGUGGAGAUCCAGAGAGCACAGGAGCUCUGGAAGAAAAGCUGCGUGGUCUAGAAGAGCAGCUGGCCUCCUCCCAGUCCGAGCUGGAGGAGCUAAAAGAGCAGAUGCGUCUUGGGGUGCUUUCUGUGGAGUGCGCUGAAGGAAACGUUAGCGCAGCAGCUGCCGGGGCUGCGGAGGGAGAAGAAGGUGCGAGCCAGGAGGCGCAGCAGCUGAGAGCCAGGGUGACGGAAUUGGAGGAGCAGCUCGCAGAGCGACAGGGCGAGGCGGAGGGUCAGAGCAGCCGGGACAAUGACACAAUCAAACAGCUGACAGAGAAAGUGAAGGAACUCCAGGCUGCUCAGAGAGAGUCUGUGCUCAGGGAAGAAGGAGAAAACAAAAGAGGUGAGGUGGAGAGCGUGAAGUCCCUUCGUGACAGAGUUGUCGAACUGGAGGCAGCCCUGGCGGAGAGCCGGACUUCGGGGAAAGAGGAAGCAGCGGCGGGAGAUGGGGACCGGGUCCGGCGCCUUCAGGAGCGCUUGGCUGAAUUGGAGGGAGAGCUGAGGAAGUGCGUGCCCCGUUCAGAGCUAGACGAGGUCCAGGUGACCCUCGGACUCCAGUGCGAGCAACUUGCCAGGGAGAGGGCAGACGUGGCUCGACGUCUCAAUGAUGCCCUCCUGGAGCUGGAGAGACUCAGAACUCCUCGACCUGGAGAUGAAGAGGAAGAGGAAGAGGAGGAGGAGGAGGGCCAUUCAGAGAGCUCAGAGCCCCCCAUCAUAUCAGAUCGAUCCAGGCAAACUUUGGCAGCAAUGAAGGAGGAACUGGAGGUGGCAAGGCAGGAAGCAGCCCAGGCUCUGGACUGCCUGUGUGCCGAGCGGGAGGGCCGUGCGCAGGACGCCCUGCAGCUGAAAGACGCGGUGCCACUUUCAAAGCAUAAAGAGGCACUGUCUGCCGUGUCGGAGCAGCUUGCUCAAACUCUGCAGGAGCUCCAAGAGGAGAAAACAUUAAGAGCUCAAGCUGAGGAGCAUGCAGCUAAACUCCAGGCAGAACUGCAGAGCAAACAAGACGCCAUUUCCAAAGAGGAACAUGAGAAGGUCAAGGAAGAGCUACAGCACGCCCUGCAGGCCAGUGAGAGCAGUGCAGCAGCGGCGCAGGAGGCUCUCAGUGAGAAAGAGACAGAGCUGAGAGAGCUGAAGUCCCAGAAGGCUGCACAACAGGGCCUGAUCUCCAAGGAAGACCACGAGGCGCUGCGCCUCUCUCUGCAGGCGGAGAUCAACGCCACCACAGCACGGUUCAACGACCUCACCAGGAAACACGAGAAGACAUGCACGGAGGUAUUCCAGGUGCAGAGGGAGGCGCUAUUUCACAAAAGUGAAAGGCAGGCGGCAGAAUCCCAGCUGGUGACGGUGCAGAAGCAGCUCUCCGAGCUACAGUCCCAGUCCAGCCACAUCCAGGAGCUCCACAAAGACAUCCAAGAGUCCCAGGGUCUAGUCAAAGAGAAGGACCGUAAGAUAACAGAUCUUUCUAAAGAAGUCUUCCGACUCAAAGAGGCUCUGGGAGCUCUCUCCCCUCCUUUCGCAAGCCCAUCCCCUCCCUCGUCCUCUUCCACGCAACAUGGCAAUCCAGGCCAGCAGGUGGCGCUGCAGAACAGGAUUGGCAUACUGACCCAACAGCUGCAGGACUGGGAGAGAAAGCAUAAACAGGUGGUGGCUGUGUACCGCUCACAUUUACUAGCAGCUGUACAGGGUCGCAUGGAUGAAGAGGUACAAUGCCUGCUGCUUCAGAUCCUGAGGAUGUCACAGCAGGGACACUGAAGUCUCUGCAACUGGCACCACACAUGUAAAGCUCCAUCACUCUAACCUAUAGGACCAAGAUAAGACCUCAGUUAGAAUGCCAAACACAGCCAAUCCGCGGUCCGACAUCGCUGCAUGUGUGUAUUACGAACCUCAAACAACAACCCUAAUUCUUCCCCGAUUAGUAAUAUCCAAGAGAAUUGAAUAGGGAGUGCCUCUGUUUUUUUUAUUUGUAAGUAGCUAAUGAUGGGAGAUAUGUAGAUACAGAGUGGGUAUUUUGAUUUCACUGACCGUGUGACAAGUCUACUGAUUUUACAUAAAGUUGUUAUAAUAAAAAGGAAAACAAUUGCUCUCCCUUGUGAUUAUUUUUCACAUUUUAGUCAAAAGCUUUAGAGGUCGAGCUCCACCUUUCAGCUACCUGGCCAUGGUGUUUGAAUGGCCGUGUCAAAGUUCAUACAUUAAUCUAUUUGAAGAGUAGUGGUAUAACUUGCAAAAUGCUGUCUGUAGAUUUGGCAAAAAUAUUUGCCUCUGCGUUUGUUAAGAUGGUAUGAAAUGACAACCAUUUAUUUUUAAUUGAUCUAAAACUAGG